AGUGGUAGUCACUGCGAGCAUUUGGGCCACCAACCACCAUGACUGUAUAGUCUUCCGUCUUGAAGAGGCAGUAGUUGCCGACGGGCGGCUUGAGCAGAUGCCUGUUCUCUUCAAGCCAUUUGGGAAAGUUGAUCGGAGGGGAAAGCAUAUCUGUGGGUAUCUGCUUGCUUGGCUGACUCGAGCGAAUGACUAAGGGAGUAUAUUCUAGUGAUUGCGGAAGGCGGUCACAAGUUGCCGAGAUCAGAUUUCUGAGUCGCCAUCUCCACAUUGGCUGCCACUUCCGUUCCGCUCGCGUCUUCAGCCGUCCGUUGGCUUGGCCCUCGCUUGACACCUUCUUCUGGCCAGCUACUCCUAGAGGCCGACCUUGCUACCUCACCAAUUGCACCUCACACGAUGGCAGUCCUUUCACUCUUGGUACAGCUCUUUCCAAGGCCCACAACUCUGUGGCCCCAGAACGGGGAAGAUGUCUACAAGCUCUGCCAGCUCGCCUUCCUGAGCACGCCUCUUGCGCUUCCUUUCCUCAACGCAGUCCAAGCUCCCUUUGGCCGAUUCUCGGCGCCGUCCCGCUUCAAUGUCAAUGGCAACCUGGGCUGGUUCCUCAUGGAGAUCGUAUCGCCGGUCACAUUUCUCGUCUCCUUUCUCUCUCAGCCUCUCGACUCCGUGGAGUCGGAUGAAAGUAGCGGCAGUACCCUGGUGGUAGUCGCCAAGAGUCUAGUGUCUCCGAGCCUGUCGCGUCUGUCCGAGAUCCCCGUCGCGAACAAGCUACUAGCGACGCUGUUCGUCAUUCACUACUUCAAUCGGGCGGUAUUGAAUCCUCUGAGAGCACCGCGUCGAUCGCCCAUGCAUCUAAGCGUACCCAUCGCUGCCGUCUUAGUCAACCUCGUCAAUGGUUUCCUCAUGGGAAGCUGGCUCGGCGGAAGGAGCCCAGCUCUCUUGAUCCCCUCCGCCGCUCUGGAUUUGAGCAGGAAGACCAGGGCUACACAGAAAUUCAAGUCAAUUGCCUCUCGGCUUGGCAAUCGUCCUCCUACCAUUUCCGCUCCCGGACUGCUGCCUCAGGACUCGUCUACUGUCCUGACGCAUCCCCUUUUCCUGCUCGGCGUGGCAGGAUGGGCCAUUGGCUUCGCCUCGAAUGUCUACCACGACGAGAUCCUACUUGACCUUAGGCGUCCCAAGGCAGACAGGGUGACAAAGGUGAUGAGAGAGGACGCAGAGAAGGACGAGGCAGCCGACUCUAAGUCGCCGUCUCCCAAGUACGGUAUCCCGAAAGGGGGCCUCUAUAAGUUUGUCAGCUAUCCUAAUUACCUUAGCGAAUGGCUCGAAUGGUUCUCAUUUGCCAUUGCUGCUUACUCCCUCACACCAAUCUCUCCCUACUGCACACAACAAUUGCGGGACCGCUUCCCUCUUUACCCAGGCGAAAUCAUGCCCAUCUCUCUACCCUUCCCUCCACUGCUUACUUUUGCCCGCGUACUCAUCUUCCUUACCUCGCCUCCAGCGCUGUUCCUAUUCAUGGAGAUCCCUCCGAUGAUCGCUCGCGCCGUCAGCGGUCACGACUGGUACCAGAAGAAGUUUGGCGUCGAGGGAGAUGGCAAAGGCGGAAAGUACCCCAAGGAAAGGAAAGCUGUCAUUCCUGGGCUUCUGUAA